AGUAGGGAAAAAAAAAAUAAAACACGGCCCUUCUUAUUAUUUCUUCAUUCUUCCAUCAUUUACGUACACACUACACAUAUCAGAAUGGGAAACAAGAAUAUUGAACCUCCAAUGCACGUCCUUCUCGUGUCGUUUCCAGCACAAGGCCACAUCAACCCCAUGCUCAGACUCGGCAAGCGCUUGCUCUCAAAGGGUCUCCUCGUCACCUUCACAACCACCACAAACAUGGCCAAAGAUAUCCAAAAGUACCCCAACGACAACCCAGAAGACAAAACGACCCCUUUUAUCGGCUUCGAUUUCUUUGACGACGGCAUACCGGACGACGAUAGCAGGCGCAGCGACUUCGAUUUCUACUUCUCACGACUCGAGAAAGCCGGUAAAGAAUCAAUUCCUCAACUGAUCAAGAAGCUAAACGACAACGGUCGUCCCGUUUCGUGCCUCGUCAACAACCCCUUCAUCCCGUGGGCCUGUGACGUGGCCGAAGAUCUCAAGAUCCCCUGGGCCACUCUCUGGGUGCAAUCGUCUGCCGUGUUCGCAGUUUACUACCAUUUCUUCCACCAAACGGUGCCGUUUCCUUCCGAGGCAGAACCGGAUAUCGACGUCCAGUUGACGAGCAUGCCGGCUCUGAAACGCGACGAGAUUCCCAGCUUCCUGAUAGCUGGGAAUCCGUACGAGGUUUUUGGAAAAACGAUCUUGGAACAGUUCAAGAAUCUCUCCAAGUCGUUCUGCGUGUUGGCAGACACUUUCGAAGAGCUUGAGCAGGACAUCAUUAGGGCCUUGUCCGGGUUCUGCAUGGUGAGGCCCAUUGGGCCUUUAUUCAAAGGCCCAAAAGAUAUCGCCGUGACUCGCGGCAGCGAGUGCUUAGAAUGGCUGGAUUCCAAGCCGCCGUCGACGGUGGUUUACAUAUCGUUUGGGACGGUUGCUUACUUGAAGCAGGAACAAGUGGAUGAGAUGGCUCACGGCGUUUUGAAUUCUGGGAUGUCGUUUUUGUGGGUGAUGAGGCCUCCUAAGAAAGAGUCGGGAUUAAAGCCUCACGUUUUACCGGAAGGGUUUUUGGAGACGAUUGGAGACAGAGGAAAGUUUGUAGAAUGGAGCCCGCAAGAACGGGUCUUGGCUCACCCGUCGGUGACGUGUUUUCUGACUCACUGCGGUUGGAACUCGUCGGUGGAAGCGCUUACUUUGGGUGUACCGGUGGUGUGCUUUCCUCAGUGGGGAGACCAAGUCACGAAUGCCAAGUUCUUGGUUGAUGUUUUUGGUGUUGGGGUUAGAUUGGGCCGUGGUGAGGCUGAAAAUAGAGUGGUUCCGAGGGAUGAGGUGGAGAGGUGUUUGGUGGAAGCGACGGUCGGAGAGAAGGCGGCGGAGAUGAAGAGGAAUGCGGUGAGGUGGAAGAAGGCAGCGGAAGAGGCGGUGGAGAAGGGUGGUUUGUCUGAUCGGAAUCUUGACGAAUUUGUGGAGGAAAUAAGGAGCAGAAGUGUUGCUAGUAGUAAUUAACUGCCUUCACAUGACUAUUGAACGUGAAGAUUGAUGUAAUUCUAAACACGUUGUUGUGGCAGUUGUACGUGGUGGU